GCAUCGAUGGAGGCCUUAUGUGACGUCACUCUUACAAACAGACAGAGGCGAGAGAGAGAGCAAAUCACCUCCACUAUAUUCCCCCUUUGCCCCCCUCUGGAGUGGCGGAGUCUGGAGUCAUGGAUUCAGACGAGGAGUAUCCGUAUGACUGUGACAGUGGCAACGAGUCUAGCGGGGACGACGUGGGGCUGGACUUCGACAUUGAGGGCGAGGGAGAGUCGGGCUGCAGCAAGUAUAGGGACACGGAAGACUACCCUUACGAGGUGCUGUCCACCGAGGAUAUCACCAGACACAUGAUCGAGUGCAUUAAGGAGGUCAACAGUGUGGUUAAUAUUCCUGUCACAACAACAAGAAUAUUGUUGAAUCACUUUAAAUGGGAUAAAGAAAAAUUGAUGGAACGGUUCUAUGAUGGUGACCAAGAAAAGUUAUUCUCAGAAGCUCAUGUUGUCAGCCCUUUCAAAGCAACACCAAAAGCCCCAAAAGUACCUAUUAAAACCAGUAAUGGAAUGGAAGAAUGUGACAUCUGCUUCCUGAAUAUGCCUUCUGCAAUGAUGACGGGUAUAGAGUGCGGCCACCGGUUUUGUACGAGUUGUUGGACUGAAUAUUUAACUACAAAGAUCAUAGAUGAAGGCAUGGGGCAAACUAUAUCCUGCGCCGCUCACUCUUGCUCCAUCCUUGUUGACGACCAUACUGUCAUGAGGCUGAUUGUAGAUCCCAAAGUUAAGCUCAAAUACCAGCACCUUAUAACAAAGAGCUUUGUUGAGUGUAAUCGACUAUUGCGCUGGUGCCCUUACCCAGACUGUAAUUAUGCCAUCAAAGUGCAGUAUCCUGAUGCUCGACCUGUAAUGUGCAAAUGUCGGAAUGUGUUCUGUUUUAACUGUGGUGAGAACUGGCAUGAUCCUGUUAAAUGCCACCUUCUCCGGCGCUGGAUUAAGAAGUGUGAUGACGACUCGGAAACAUCCAACUGGAUUGCUGCAAACACAAAGGAAUGUCCAAAGUGCAAAGUAACUAUUGAGAAAGAUGGCGGAUGUAAUCAUAUGGUGUGCAAGAACCAAAGUUGUAAGGCUGACUUUUGUUGGGUCUGUCUUGGACCUUGGGAACCCCAUGGGUCUUCAUGGUACUCUUGUAAUCGUUAUGAUGAGGAUGAAGCAAAACAAGCUCGAGAUGCCCAAGAAAAAUCUCGUGCUGCUCUUCAACGUUACUUGUUCUACUGUAAUCGUUAUAUGAACCACAUGCAAUCUUUAAAGUUUGAGCACAAAUUGUAUGCCUCUGUUAAAGAAAAGAUGGAGGAGAUGCAACAACACAACAUGUCUUGGAUUGAGGUACAAUUCCUCAAGAAGGCUGUUGACAUUUUAUGCGAGUGUCGGCAAACAUUAAUGUUCACCUAUGUGUUUGCAUAUUACCUGCGGAAGAACAACCAGUCUGUAAUAUUUGAAGAUAAUCAGAAGGAUGUUGAAAGUGCCACGGAGACUCUGAGUGAGUACCUAGAACGCGACAUAACACAAGAAAAUUUGGCAGAUAUCAAACAAAAAGUUCAAGAUAAAUACAGGUACUGUGAUCAGCGCCGUAGAAAAUUACUAGAACAUGUCCAUGAAGGUUAUGAGAAGGACUGGUGGGAGUACUCUGAACCUUAAGAUAAUGAACUUUGGGCAUUUUAGUGAAGUUUUGUAUUAAUUUUUUCAAGAAUCUGUGCUAUAUAUAUAUUGAUAAUAAAUACAGUAUAUUGGAUAUAUGUGUUCACAAGUUGAUAGGUGUUUGGAACUAGCGCGAUCAAGCAUAAACAUAACUGUUCAGAAAGUCGUUAGACUGGCAUUCGCAGUGUGUUUUGAACACUACAUGAGUGAGUUGGAUGAUAACUUUUCUUUUAU